CAAACUAGGGUUUCAUAUCAUCGUAAUAUGCCCUUUAUUUCAAUCAAUUAUCAAAUAGCUUCGGUGAUCAUUGUAACUGCCUCUGCAUUUGGUUUUCAUUUAUUUGCUUGGAUCAAUGUCUAACACCAGCAACAAUGUCGUUGGAGUUGACAACACAUUCAGAAGAAAAUUUGAUCGAGAAGAGUACCUGGAACGAGCACGGGAGCGCGAGAGAGAGGAGGAGGAGGGUCGAUCGAAACCUAAAGCUAAAGGUCCUCCCGUGCAGAGGAAGCCCUUGAAGCACAGAGAUUAUGAAGUGGACCUGGAAUCUCGCUUGGGCAAGACUCAGGUUGUUACACCGGUUGCACCACUAAGUCAGCAGGCUGGAUACUACUGCUCAGUUUGUGAGUGUGUAGUUAAGGACUCUGCAAACUACUUGGAUCAUAUUAAUGGAAAGAAACAUCAAAGAGCUUUGGGCAUGUCUAUGCGAGUAGAACGUGCUUCUCUCAAACAGGUCCAGGAAAGAUUUGAAGUUCUUAAGAAACGGAAAGAUGUUGGUAGCUUCACAGAGCAAGAUCUUGAUGAACGGAUUUUAAAACAACAACAAGAAGAGGAAGAAAAAAAACGUCUACGAAGAGAAAAGAAAAAGGAAAAGAAGGAAAAGGCAGUGGAAGAACCUGAAAUUGAUCCUGAUGUUGCUGCCAUGAUGGGGUUUGGAGGUUUCCGGUCAUCCAAGAAGUGAUAACAUUCUGCAUGCAGAAUGAAUUGUAUGAGAUUUGGAAUAUUUAUUUCACAUUGGUAAGCUGAAUCCUAUAUCUUCCAUGCUCAAUCUGAGAGGCAUAAGCGGAAUAAUGGAACAGUGGAUCCCAAACAGUAGUAUGUUUGGUGAUAUUCGAUCAUGUGCUUCGGUUGAUUCAUGUACAUUUCUUCUGAUGGCUAACUUGAUGUAUUAUACAGAGCUCCAACCAUAGUGGGGGAGUCAACUGCCGUAGCUAACGAAAUUAAAUAUAGACAUUCGAUUCAA